UUUCGCUCUCUCCUUUCUGUCAGCGGCUGUCAGAAGAAAAGGAGGAAGAGGAGGAAGGGAAGCCAGUGCGGCGACAGCAGCUCACUCCGCUGACGGACAAGACAGCAACAACCUCAACAAACAAGCAGCCACUUCUCACAACUCCAACCAACACCAACAACUAUUUUUUGUUGUUGUUAUGCUUCAAUAAGCGCUCUUUUUUCUUUAUUUUGUCCACUCCCUUUCUCUCUUUUCCGCGCACCAACAACUUCGACGUGCCGAGCGGUUUAAAUUGAGCAGCGCGGAGCAGGAGCCCCUGAACUCGGGAGAAUGGCAGACUCGGCGGCCACCAACAGCGACGGGGAGGACGGACCCAAGCAGCCCAUGAGGGGCUUCGCGCGCCAGGGUGCGCUCCGGCAGAAGAACGUGCACGAGGUGAAGGACCACAAAUUCAUCGCGCGCUUCUUCAAGCAGCCCACCUUCUGCAGCCACUGCACCGACUUCAUCUGGGGAUUUGGGAAGCAGGGAUUCCAGUGUCAAGUGUGCUGUUUCGUGGUUCAUAAACGCUGCCAUGAGUUUGUCACUUUCUCCUGUCCAGGCGCGGACAAAGGACCGGCCUCAGACGACCCGAGGGCAAAGCAUAAAUUCAAGAUCCACACCUACUCCAGCCCCACCUUCUGCGACCACUGCGGCUCCCUGCUCUACGGCCUCAUCCACCAGGGGAUGAGAUGCGACCACUGCAUGAUGAACAUCCACAAGCGCUGCGUGCCCAACGUGCCCAACCUGUGCGGGACGGACCACACCGAGAGGAGAGGCCGCAUCGAGAUCACCGCCGAGGUCAAGACUAACGUUCUCACCGUCACCAUUAAAGAGGCCAGGAAUCUGAUUCCUAUGGACCCCAAUGGGCUGUCAGACCCCUACGUGAAGCUGAAGUUGAUCCCAGAUCCACGCAGCGAAAGCAAACAGAAGACCAAGACUAUAAAGUGCUGCCUAAACCCCACAUGGAACGAGACCUUCAAAUUCCACCUGAAGGAGUACGACAAGGACCGCCGCCUGUCGGUGGAGGUGUGGGACUGGGACUUGACCAGCCGCAACGACUUCAUGGGAUCGCUGUCCUUCGGCAUCUCAGAGCUCCAAAAGCAAGGGGUGGACGGCUGGUUUAAGCUCCUUUCUCAGGAAGAAGGCGAGUACUUCAAUGUUCCUGUGGCUCCAGAGGGAGAGGAAGGCAACGAGGAGCUACGGCAGAAAUUUGAGAGGGCUAAAAUCGCAGUGGGCAAAAACACGGAGGGGAAGUCGGCAAAUGCAGCCUCCCGGUUCGACUCCAACGGCAACCAAGAUCGCAUACGGCUGUCCGACUUUAACUUCCUGAUGGUGCUGGGCAAGGGCAGCUUUGGCAAGGUGAUGCUGGCGGAGCGUAAAGGAACGGAGGAACUGUACGCAAUAAAGAUCCUGAAGAAGGACGUGGUCAUCCAGGACGACGACGUCGAGUGCACCAUGGUGGAGAAGAGGGUUUUGGCUCUGACCGGGAAGCCUCCGUUCUUAACGCAGCUGCACUCCACCUUCCAGACCAUGGACCGUUUGUAUUUCGUCAUGGAGUACAUAAACGGCGGAGACCUCAUGUAUCAGAUACAGCAGGCUGGCAAGUUCAAAGAGCCCCAUGCUGUGUUCUACGCUGCUGAGAUAGCCAUUGGCUUAUUUUUCCUGCAUCAAAAGGGCAUCAUCUACAGGGAUCUGAAGCUGGAUAAUGUAAUGCUGGACUGCGAAGGCCACAUUAAAAUCGCAGACUUUGGUAUGUGUAAAGAAAAUAUGCUUGACGGAAUCACAACCAAGACUUUCUGUGGAACACCAGACUACAUCGCUCCUGAGAUUAUUGCCUAUCAGCCUUAUGGGAAAUCUGUGGACUGGUGGGCGUUUGGAGUAUUGCUUUACGAAAUGUUGGCUGGACAGCCUCCAUUCGAUGGUGAGGAUGAGGACGAGUUGUUUCAAUCCAUAAUGGAGCAUCACGUCUCCUAUCCCAAAUCAAUGUCUAAGGAAGCUGUCGCCAUAUGUAAAGGACUGAUGACGAAGCAUCCGGCCAAACGACUGGGCUGCGGUCCGGAGGGCGAGCGGGACAUCCGAGAGCACAGCUUCUUCCGCUACAUGGACUGGGAGAAGCUGGAGAACAAGGAAGUGCAGCCGCCGUUCAAACCAAGAGCUAGAAACCGCCGGGACACCUGUAACUUUGACAAGGAGUUCACCAAGAUGGCCGUGGACCUGACGCCGACGGACAAGCUGGUCAUCAUGAACCUGGACCAGGACGAGUUCCUCGGAUUCUCCUACACCAACCCCGAAUACGUGGCUCCUAAUUAACUUGACACAAUAGAAUGGACUCGAACAUGCAACACAGAGAGGUAGAAAAUAAGGUUUUAGCAUAAAAUUGAGGCAAAAAAGCAAAAAGAGACGACAAAAAUUGUUCUUAUUUCGUGUCUGUUCACCAAAUGUUUAUUUUUUAUUUUUAUUUUCUUUUAGGUGUUACUUAGGUUUGAGUUAACAACUAAUCCCGGAGAUUUGGAAACGAGACAAAGAGAUUCCAAUCUCUCCAAAUCUGACCAAACCCAAAAUGAGCACUUCUACUACUGAUCCAGUUCUGAUUGCCACCUUUUCAUAUAUUCAUUUUACGCUGAUUGCAAGAAAAAAAAUUGAUUUUCUUGAGUUCUCGUUAUUUAAACACAACAGUUAAAAGUGCUGGUUUUAUCUGAUCCACUCAUUCAACUUUUCCCUCAUUUAAAAUUAGCAGGUCUUAACCACAGCGUAACUAAUGUGCCAUGAUGUUAAGGUAGCUAUGUAAAGUUUUGUAUGUUUUCAUGUCCUUGUGUAAAUAAAUGUACAGUGGUCGACUUUGUAUCUACUGAGAGACUCAUCCAUGUUUUUAAGAGUCACUGUCCACAGUCGUUUUUGCAGCCGUUCCCAGGCUUUUCCUGAAAUGAUCCAUCCAGUUUGGCAUCAUGAAUGUAUUAAUAUUUCACCCGUUGGUCAACAGCUCAAAUGUCACUCACCCUGUUUCAUAUUCAUCUUGUUGAGUGCGGCAUCGCUUUCUCGAACCUACAGCCGUUCCCAAAACAAUGCCCGUAUUUAUGUAAUCGUUCUUCGUGCUGGAUGUAAUUCGUUCUUCUGCCUCAGCCUCAGCCAGGUUUGUCGUGAACUGGAAGGUCGAGCGACGGCAGCAGACGGCAGAAAUUGUGAGAUGCUUUGACAGCAUCCGCGUGAGUAAUUUUGCAAACGGCAAUACGAGCAGCAUUGUUGCCAUUUUUUUUAUUUUGCUUUUUUUUUUUACUUUUUUUUUAUGUAAGCAUAAAGCAAAAGUGUUCAUACCCCUUGAGAUUUUGCACAUUUUGUCACGUUAGAACCACAAACUUAUUUGAUCAAGAUUUCAUGGGAUAGGCCAACAUGAAGUUGUGUGUUAUGGUGAGGCAGAAGAAACUGCAUACGUGGUUUUUAAAUGUUUUGCAGACAAAAAAAUCCAAAAAUGCGGCGUUUAUUUUCACUGCGAGUUGUUUUGACAUAUUGUCUGUAGGAGAUCAUCUAAUGGCUGAUUCUUUAAAGAUGGAGGGUUUUUCCUUUUCUUUUCAAAAAGCUGAAGCCUGGUCAGACUGAAUGGGGAGAGCAUAUGUCAGCGUCAGUUUUUAGUUGCUGCCUUACAUUUUCAAUUGGAUUUGAGUCUGGACUUAUUCUGGGUUAUUCUAACAUUGGAGUGUAGUUUAUACUCCUGCAUGGAUUGUGGAAAACCUUAUGCCUUUCUUCUCUCUUCUCUUCCACCAGUGUUCCUCGUUCACCCCCGUUUUCUCUAACAAACCUCCGAGGCCUUCUAAGACAUUUGAUAACAGAUUAAAUUUAAACAAAAGUUUUCUGGUUGCCUUGGAUUUCAUUUAGGAGCAUUUGAUUAGAAUACAUUAAAAUGCAUGCACACGUUUUAGAUUUUGUUUUUUGAAAAUGUGGGAGAACCAUGCAAUCUUUUUUUUUUUUUCUUCUCAGCUUCACGAUUAUGUACACCUUUGUGUUGGCAAAGUCCUAUUCAAAUAUUUGCAAGGCACCACGUGUAUCUACUGCCAAACUGUUCGAUUUUGUUAAAAGAAGAAACAUUGCAUUAGAACCCAUAUUGAAAAUUUAAGUAAUUCAAAUUUCUAUUUCCAAAUUCAAUUUUUUUUUUAAAAAACAUUUUGCCAUCUAGCAAACUAAAACAAAACAAAAGAAACCACAGAGUCUGAGCUUAGACUAAAGUAUUAAAAGAUAUUUUUUUCAAUUCAACGCAAGCCGUUUCCACGUGUGUGCAUUAUAAAUACCAUGUGCCGUUGUCGUUCUCCCACCGUCACAGUGUCUCACCUUUUGGACGAUUUAAGCCUACGUUUGUUUUGCUCGCAUGUCGUACGUGUAAAAAACACCGUCGGAUACGUGCAGUGACCUUUUACAAGCAUUCAGCUGUAUAUUUUGUUCUAGUGUAAUGUGUAAAUAUCUACCAACGUCAAGACCCUUAGGUUCUCUUCGGUGACCCUUAGGUUCUCUUCGGUGACCCCCCACAACGUAAUAUUUAUUCACACCACCGGCUCAGUGGACUUACUAAGUACGAAUCAGAUCAAUGCUCUGUGUUUGUUACUUUAAUAAAAGCGUAAAACCGGACAAAUGAAACGGACCGAGUCUGAAUCCAAAAGCUGAAACAAUCAACCAGUUCUUGGGGAUGUUUGAUUACUAGAAGUACACUAUGCAUGCAUGUGAUAAACUUUCUAUUAUCUUGUUCCAUACAACAUGUAUUUAAUUCUUUAUUAGAUGUAGGGUGUGCAAUAAACGCUUUAUAAGAAGAGUAGAUAUAAUUUGUGUUGCUGACUCUAUGAUAUGAUUAUUAUGCUACUUACUCACAGAUGUGAAAGGACUAUGCCCGGCUUGACUUGUACAUAUAAUCUGCUUCUGAACGCGGUGGAGGAAGAGUCUUCCAUUUCUCAACUUGAGUUUAUGUGCGGGGAAGCUGGUGCGCUUAGAGGUAAAAAUGGGAUGUUUAUGCAGAAUAUGAGUUUGCUUCCCAACCACAAGAGCUCUGUCCAUUGGCUGGAUUUUCUCCGCAUCUCCUUCUCUGUUCUGUUUUCCAGACCUUUUCUCUGAUCCAACUUUUCAAUCUGUUUCUUUGUUUUGACCUUUUUUUUUUAUUAUUCCUCCUUCCUUCUUCUCUUUCUGCUUUCUACUGGUCUCCUUUCCCUGGCCUUUCUCCCUCUCUGCAGGUUUCUUUUUAUUAUUAUUAUUAUUUGCAGGUUUCUUCGUUUUGGUACUGACCUACACAGUUGUAUCUUUCUUUUCCCCUCUCCAUGAUUUGCCUUUAUUUAGGCUGCUCACUGUUAAAACCCACUUCUGAUUAGGUAUCGCUAAGUUGGCGGCCAUGUUUUAAAUUCUGCUUGGAUUUCUAGUCGAGGUUACAAUCAUAACAUUUGAUUCCUGCACCUGAAGAUGAUUUUUUUCACGAAAGUAACUUUAAGAGAAUGUGUUUUGUGAAGCAGUUAAAUGAUAGGAAAAUAUGUGUUGUCAUGUUUUGGGGGAGGUUGUAAAAUAAUAAAUUACGUUGAAAAAAUA